AACCAGGGAGACAUAAACACAGGAAAUGCGAGCGACCCCUUAACGCUCAGCCGUCAAAGCCUGUGAUUGUUCUCCCGGGCUCCAAAAGGUGUGUUAUGUCGGCGGCAGAUGUGGAGGUGUACCUGUCCCAGGUGCACGAUGGGAGUGUGUCGUCGGGCUUCCGGGCGCUGUACGAGGAGCGUCUGCUGCUGGACGUCACGCUGUUGAUAGAGGAGCACCACUUCCAGGCCCACAAGGCGCUUUUGGCCACCCAGAGCGACUACUUCCGGGUCAUGUUCACAGCCGACAUGAGGGAGAGAGACCAGGACAAGAUCCACAUGAAGGGGCUAACAGCCGCUGGGUUCGGCCACAUUCUCCGCUUCAUGUACUACGGCUCCCUGGAGCUCAGCAUGCCCACGGUCCAGGAGAUCCUUCAGGCGGCCAUGUACGUGCAGCUGACGGAGGCGGUGGAGUUCUGCUGCUCCUUCCUGCUGGCCAAGAUCUGUCUGGAGAACUGUGCCGAGGUCAUGCGCCUCCUGGAGGACUUCAGCGUGGGCGUGGAGGGAGUCCAGGAGCAGCUCGACAACUUCCUGCUCGACAACUUUGUCCCCCUCAUGAGCCGGCCCGACUUCCUGUCCUACCUCAGCCUCGAGAGACUGCAGGCGUACCUGAACAGCGACGCUCUGAGUCGCUUCCCUGAGAUCGAGCUGUACGAAGCCGUCCAGUCGUGGCUGCGACACGACCGGCGGCGCUGGCGGCACACGGACACCAUCGUGCAGUCCAUCCGCUUCUGCCUCAUGACUCCCGCCAACAUCUUCGAGAAGGUGAAGACGUCGGAGUUUUACCGUUACUCCAGGCAGCUGAGGCAGGAGGUGGACCAGGCGCUCAGCUACUUCCACGACGUCAACCAGCAGCCUCUGGUGGAGACGCGCUCCAACCGCAUCCGCUCCGUCCGCCCGCAGACCGCCGUCUUCAGGGGCAUGAUCGGUCACAGCAUGGUCAACAGCAAGAUCCUCCUCCUGCAGCGGCCAAAGGUGUGGUGGGAGCUGGAGGGACCUCAGGUGCCGCUGCGCCCCGACUGCCUGGCCAUCGUUAACAACUUUGCCUUCCUGCUGGGCGGAGAGGAGCUGGGGCCCGACGGCGAGUUUCACGCCUCCUCCAAAGUCUACCGCUACGACCCCCGACAGAACUCGUGGCUGCGCAUGGCGGACAUGUCGGUGCCCAGGUCAGAGUUUGCCGUGGGCGUCAUCGGCAAGUUCAUUUACGCCGUGGCGGGCCGCACGCGAGACGAGACCUUCUACUCCACCGAGCGCUACGACAUCACCGAGGACCGCUGGGAGUUCGUGGACCCGUAUCCCGUCAACAAGUACGGCCACGAGGGGACGGUCCUCGGCGGCAAGCUGUACAUCACCGGCGGCAUCACCUCCUCCUCCACCUCCAAGCAGGUGUGCGUGUUCGAUCCCGGGCGGGAGGCCGGGGGAGGGGGGGGCCCGAGCGGCUCGGACGCACACAGGACACGCGGCGCCGGCCGCGGCCCGCUGCUGCCCGGCACCCACGCCAGCUGCUGGGAAAACAAAUCCAAAAUGAACUACGCCCGAUGCUUCCACAAGAUGAUCUCCCACAACGGGAAGCUGUACGUCUUCGGGGGGGUGUGCGUGAUCCUGCGGGCGUCCUUCGAGUCGCAGGGCUGCCCGUCCACCGAGGUCUACGACCCCGACACCGACGAGUGGACCAUCCUCGCCUCCAUGCCCAUCGGGCGCAGCGGGCACGGCGUGGCGGUGCUGGACCGGCAGAUCAUGGUGCUGGGCGGCCUGUGUUACAACGGCCACUACAGUGACUCCAUCCUCACCUUUGACCCCGACGAAAACAAGUGGAAGGAGGACGAGUAUCCCAGGAUGCCUUGCAAACUGGACGGCCUGCAGGUGUGCAGUCUGCACUUCCCAGAGUAUGUGCUGGAACACGUCAGACGCUGCAGCUGAGAAGCGCAAAUGCACUGUUCACGGACCGAAGUCUUCCGCUGGGAGAUCCGGCGUUUUACACGCGGGAGACUCUUCUGAUGCGCGGGCUUUUAAAACUGAAGACCAGCACUUACCUUCAGGUGAGGAAAAGACGGCGCGGCGGCCUCAGAUCCGCUGUUCUCAACGAAGCCAAUCGACGCGUUACGUGGCGAGACGUUGCACACGUCAGCUCGGACAUUUUCACAUUUAGCUUUCUCAGAAAAUUACAGAAAAGCGUCUGUGGGGGGG